AUGAACAAACCAUUGUUCAUAUGUAUUGUCAAUACUAUUGAGAAUGGAGUCCCAUACUUCAGACAAAGACGAGAUGCUACUGGAAGGCUGGGUCUUUCUGCACUUCAAAAAUGUACGGCAGCUAUUCGUAUGAUGGAAUACGGAUGUUCGACAGAUGCACUGGAUGAAUAUCUACGAUUCGCUGAAAUAACCGCCCACAAAUGCCUUGAAAAAUUUGUGGAAGGAGUAAUAAAUAUUUUUGGAGACGAGUAUCUUAGAAGUUCAACAGCAGAAGACCUCCAACGAUUACUUAAUAUUGGAGAACAUCGCGGUUUCCCCGAAAUGGUAGGGAGUAUAGAUUGUAUGCACUGGGAGUGGAAGAAUUGUCCCACUGCAUGUAAAGGACAAUAUUCACGUGGAUCUGGAAAACCGACAAUCAUACUAGUGGCUGUGGCAUCGCAAGAUUUAUGGAUUUGGCACUCAUUUUUCGGUCCACCAGGUACGUUAAAUGAUAUUAAUGUGUUGGACCGCUCACCGGUGUUUGAUGAUAUCCUAGAAGGCAAAGCUCCAAGAGUUACAUACUUUGUCAAUGGAUGGCAAUACAAAAUAGCGUACUACCUCACUGACGGUAUCUAUCCCAAUUGGGCGACUUUCAUCCAAUCGAUUUACUUCCACAAGGCCAAAAAGCAAAACUUUUUGCUCAAUGUCAAGAAGCAUGCCGGAAAGAUGUAG